AUGUAUCCGUGGUUUCAGGCAGCUAGCAAACCACAGCCAGGCGGCCGUGUUUUAUUCAUUGAACUGUUUACUGUGUACGAUGGUCGUCAGAGAAAGUCAUCUACGGACUCCAGAUUCCAGACCACUAUUGAGAAUAAUCUGCGAAUGCAAACCGCGACAACACGUGGACACGACGGUGGUCGACUGGCAACCCGCAUCACUCCCACAUGGCGUUCUGUGGUUAGACGUGCACUGAACUGUAUUGCUGUCAAUCGUUGUGAUCACCGGAAAGUCACAUCUUACCUUACCGAAGCGGUUACUCUACGAAAUGGAUCAAAACACGUAGUUACGUACGCUUGGUAA